AGUGCCGGGGGGUAAGUUUGCGGUAGAAAAAAUAGACCAGGAAACAAGGCGUUGGGCUGAAAUAUCAUUGUUUUGUUGCUUUAAUUAUACACCACACCAUGUUGGGCAGAAACGUAUUCUUAGGGUUGUUUAUGGGAUUUAUCUGCUCCACAGCAGAAGAAAAUCAACACACUUGUCUCGAAGAAGGCGGAUUCCUUUAUGACCGGAGAUGUUUUUGGGUCAUACUUGAUCUCAUUUCGAAGUUUACAAGUGCACAGGGAGAACAAAAGUGCAUAGAAUUCGAUGCUUUACCUGCCAACAUAUACAAUCUACAGCACUCCAACCAACUUUUAAGUUAUGGACGUGGGAAAAGUCCGACAUCUGAUCGAUAUUACUCUGCGUUUCUAGGAAUGAAGUACGAUCCAGAUAGCAAUGAGUUGACAAAUUACGAUGGCUCGAGCUCAAAUUUGCCGGAUUCGGUGUGGGUGCAACAAGCUAAUAAAUUCUCCACCGAAAUGGGGAUAAUUAUUGCGAAUUCUCCAGAAGACACUCUCAAUGGCAUUGGGACAGGACACAAAUUGGAACGUGUAGAAGGUGUAAUAUGCGAAACUGAACAAUUCAGUUGCUCUCCACCACAAAUAAACAUGGAAACCCAAACGCGUACCUGUCCCGAAGACUCGCCUACUUGCACUAUAUCUUGCAAACCUGGUUUUGUCCUUGACGACGGAAGCACCAGCAUAACUUUGACAUGCCAAGGAAAUCUUGAAUGGGAUGGAGAAGUGCCAACAUGUCAACUUGCUGAGUGCACAGAACUUAGUUUUGAUGGACAGCCAGGUCUUAUGCAGUGUACUGGGUAUAAAUAUCAGGAUGAAUGCAACUUCGUCUGUGAUUCUCACAAACAACUCAAAGGACCAAGAAAAAUAAUCUGCAAUGGAGACGGGAAAUGGUCAGAAAUACAACCAACCUGUGAAGACGUUAUUUGCAAACCAAUACAUUUUCCGCCGGAACAAGGAACAUAUGAUUGCACGGAUGGAUACAAUUAUGCAAGUUAUUGCAGUUUCUACUGCAAAUCUGGAUUGCAGAGAUGGGGAGCAAAGAAAGUAGUUUGUCUUUGGACAGGAGAAUGGUCGGAAGAACCACCUACUUGCAAAAAAUAUGAUCCCAAAUGUCCUGCUGCUCACAAACACACUUCAUGUCCCGACACAAACUGUGCAGUCAAUGCUGAUUGCAAUGACGACAAGAAGCUUUGUUGUCCAACAAAAUGUGGAACGUCUGUUUGUUGGGAUUUACCGAAACGAACAAUUUCUAAAGAAGCGCUCCUGUUGUUAGUACUUGGUGGAUUUGGCAGAAACCAAUGCUCUAAGAACUGCUUGAGAAACGCGUGUGAGACUGCACGAUGUCCAGCAAAUCUCAACGCACAAUGUAGAACAUCAUGCAGUGGUUGCCGAGCUCACUUUUAUGAUUUUAAUCAAGAGGUUACCGGAAAGUGUCAAUGUUCACGUGGAUAUGUCGCGCCAAACUGCAAUCAACAGCAAUGUGCAAACUACAGAUGCAUCACAAACGGUCAGCAGGUUUCUUACUACUAUGCCAGACAAUACUACAACCCCAACAUACAAUGUCGCAUGAGCAGCUGUGGUGGAUGCUUUCCCCAAUUCUACGAUAGACGUGGACGAAGAAUCAAUUGCAGACAAAUAUUGCAAUAUGUAUCGAAUCCAGGAAUUCCAGUGGCAAAUCUACCAAUUACCGGAUGAGUACUGCAGACUACCGAAGACGGAUCACAACAACAUAUUGAUCCUAAAAGAAACUUACCUGAUUUAAGCCUGUUAUCCAUGAUUACAAAAUUCAUGGAAGGAGACCUGGAGAAUCAUUCAAACUUCUAUAAUCUGAUUUAAACAAAUGCCCAAAAAGCAUCUCUCCAGCCACAUCUUAAUUACAACAUCCCCAAUAAGGCCUAAUGUCAUAAACUGUUUGUCCAUGCCAUAUCUCUCGUAAAAUAGAUUUAAACUGACGAAGGUGUUAAAUAUGCAUAUUUUAAUUGUUCCCUUCAAUAAAAAAAAUUCUUAAUUGAUGUUUUCAUCACCUUCGAAAAACUCUUAACUUGUAUAUUUUAGGAUAUUUGUAUAUAUCAGUUUGUUGGCGAUUACCGAUAAGAAUAAAUGUAUAUCCAGUGUCA